AUGGAAAACUGGUGUCGGAAAAAGUCCAACAAGUUUUCCUACAUUUGCAUACGUCAUGGGGACAUACAUAAUACUGGCUCGGUCUUUUUGUGGAAAAAGAAGGAGUCUCAACCGUUAAACAUUAAUGAAGCGUAA